AUGGGUGUAGGAAUUGGCAUCGAUGUAGGGAGAGACGGCGUUAGUGUAGGGAUAGGAGUUGGUGGAGGAGGAGCAAUUGGCAUGAAAAAUGGGAGUGUGAGUGGUGGUGGAGGUGGUGGUGUUGGUGUAAGUGUAGGGCGUAGGGGUGUGAGUGUGAGUAGCGGUGGAGGAGGAGGUGGUGGUGUUGGAAGUGGAGGAAGUGGGAGUUCGGGAGGUGGAAGUGGUGUUGGAAAUGCCAGAGGGGCGGCGGGAAGUGGAGAAGGGUAUGGAAGUGCGAGUGGAAGUGAGGGAAGUGGAGGAGGAUGUGGAGAGGGGGUGGGAAGUGGUGCUGGUGGUGGUCAAGGUUGA